CCACCGAAGCUCACACAAUACAAUAUGGUGACUUUCUCGCGUGCGUGCCUGCAUGUGUUCUGCUGGUGCGCCUGCUAGUUGGGCUGGUGUGAACCUUGCGUUCAGGUGAAAAGACACAUAACCUCUCAAGUUCAAAACGUCGCUUUACUUCUGACAGUACAUUACCGCUGAACAUGUUCGUUGCUUGUCGGAAUUCAUUUCUGUCCUCACCGAAGCUAUCGGCGAACUCUCUUCGUUGCUGCACCGGCUCCGCGUCGGAAGCGUCAAUCGGCUUGACUACGAGCGCCGGUGUAAGAACACUUUCCAAAGAAGAGAUCGACAGAAAGCGCGACGUGUCCCGUAUAGUUCCACGAAAGUACUCCAGAGGCGUCAAGCUCGAGUACACUUUCCCAGAGUACGAGUAUGAAUAUAGGAUCAGCUACAUGCGCAAGGACUACGCCAAGUUCGGUCGCGCUACGGGCAUCAACCCGGGCUUGUUGUGGCCUUCUAAGGAUGAGCUGCAGGACUUGGUGCACAUAGAAAAUAAGUUCUACCCGACGCUUCAAGAUCUGUGGGACAAAGACCGAGCCAAGCAGAAGGCCGAGGUGGAGGCGCGACGACAGAGGGAAGAGGAGGUCGAGAAAAACAUGGCCAAGUUGGCUGACGCGAGGAUCGCCAUGCUCGAGCGAGAAGCCACGAUGAAGGCCAAGGCCGAUGAAGAACGACAGCAACGUGAGCAGAUGAUACUGGAGGUCCGCGAGUACAUCGGCUACAACGUGGAGCCUUCCGAUCCCAAAUUCAAAGAGGUGAUGGCGAUGAAGGAAGAGGAGAGAAAGAAAGUACAAAAGGAAGCCCGCAAGAAAGCCAAGCAGGAAAAGAUGCUUGCCAAACUCAUGGCCAUAGGAGUUACGGGCAGCGAUGAGAGUAAGGCUGCCUCAGAUAAAGACGACACGGCACAAGAUAACAAACUCGCCGAAAAAGGAGACUCGUAGGAAUGUUACGCUGUGCUGAUAGAAUAGUAAUAAAGUGCAAUCAGCAAUUAG